AUGGUGAACCGGUUCGACGAGUUGCAGGAAGGGGUGAUCAGCUACGGGCCCUGCCAAUUCCCCACCCUCGGGUUCAUCGUCGACCGUUACAAGAGAAUACAGGCUUUCCAAUCGGAGGCAUUCUGGAGCAUAAAGAUGGAGUACGCGGAGGACGACCCGCGUUCCCCGGGAGGCAAGGCUAGGGCGGACUUCUCGUGGCAGCGGGGCCGGCUGUACGACCACGCCUGCUGCGCGAUCCUGUACGAGAUGACGGUAGAAGACGGGGUCGCCGUGGUCACCAGCGUGGAGGCGAGGAGAGUCACCAAGGCACGCCCGAUACCGAUGUCCACCGUCGAGCUUCAGAAGAGGGCAUCGCGAUUCUGCCACAUCUCGUCCGAGAGAACGAUGCACGUCGCGGAGGCCUUGUACCAGAGGGGCAUCAUCAGCUACCCCAGGACGGAGACGGAGAAGUUCAAGAGGGAGUUUGACAUCAACACGCUGCUGGGAGACUUUCGGGACAACCCCCGGUUCGGAAACUACGUCGGGGGUUUGCUGGACAACGGAGGCUUUCUGUGGCCGCGGGAGGGGAGGGGGGACGACAGCGCCCAUCCCCCCAUCCACCCGACCAAGAGCGUGGACCCGAACUCCUUGCAGGCGGACGAGAAGAAGAUCUACGAGCUCGUGACGAAGCACUUCCUCGCCUGCUGCAGCAAGGAUGCCGUGGGUCACCAGACCAAGGUACUCGCGAACUGUGGCGGAGAGGACUUUACUGCGACGGGCCUGAUGGUGACCGAGCGGAACUGGCUGGAUGUCUACGAGCCCUUCGAGCGAUGGACCGGCAGGAACAUUCCAGAGUUCUUCCAGGGGCAAGAGUUCGUGCCUAGCGUCCUCGUGAUGGACGAGGGUAGGACGCAAGCACCGCCCCUCCUCAGCGAGUCGGACCUGAUCGGGCUGAUGGACCAGAAAGGCAUCGGAACUGACGCCACGAUCGCGGAGCACAUCCAGAAGAUCCAGCAGAGAAAAUACGCCGUCAAGAACGAGCAGGACCGCUUCUACCCGACCACGCUGGGGCUCGCCCUUGUGGACGGUUACGACAACAUCGGUUUCCAGAUGAGUGCGCCCACCCUGAGGGCGGCGAUGGAGCUUGACUGCACGCGCAUCUCUCGAGGGGAGGACACUAAGGAAGCCGUGGUGGAGAGGUGCAUCAGCAAGAUGAAGGAGUGCUUUCAGACUUGCCAGGCGCUUGCCCAUAAGCUCGAUGAUGCGGUGGCGAUGCACUUCCGUCCCCUGGGAUCCUCGGGGGGCGAGAGCCGGACCGUGCGGGGAGGGAGGGGGUUCAGCAGGUGCGGUGUGUGCGGCACUGCGAUGGACCUCAAGAAGUCGUCGUCGGGAAGGCCUCUACUCUUUUGCGGCGUCUGCGACACGGGGUUUCCGUUGCCGCACAAGGGGAAGCUCACCAAGCAAGACCCGGAGUUCGAGUGUCCCCUGUGCCACUUCCAGGCAAGAUUUCUACAUGUUUUGGUGUUGUCGGUAAGCACGGGAAACGACUACACCGGGUCGGGUUACACGGUGUGCCCGUACUGCUUCAACAACGCGCCGGCGGCCCACGGGGGCGAGGGGCAGUCCCAGUUCCGGUGCUUCAUGUGCAGCGCGUCGUGCCCGCUGGCCAAGAGAGUGCAAGGUGGCGACACAACCAUCGUGCGGUGCUGGAAAGCUGGCUGCGGGCAGGCUCUCAACAUCAAGAGAACGAGGACGGGCAAAUACCACCUAGGGUGCAAGGGCUACCCGGCGUGCUCGGAGUCGACGGUGUGGCUACCGAAGAACGCGACCAACGUCUCGGUGACGGAAGAGACAUGCGCGCGCUGCAGCGGCCCGACGGCCGCGGACGCCGUGAGGCGUCUAGACUUCACCUUCAAGUUUCAGAGGCCUUGGUUCUCUGCCCGCACGGCGAAAGGAAGGGGGGGGGGGGGCGUCCCGUCCCGGCCGGAACGGAACGAACCAACGGGGACCUCUCCCUUAAACACCAGCCAGAGUCCGCGCUUCCCUAGUCUUCGCAACAUCGACAGAUUCGGACGGCCUCUCCUCGGGCCGAACCAAGGGAGGCAGUUUUACACCUGCCCGCGGUCGGACAGGAAUGAGCAGUGCACCACCUUCACCUGGCUGGACGGGGACAACCGCCGAAGUGGAAGGGGCGGGGGAAGGGGGGGAGGGGGGGACGGGAGGCUGUGCAACGGGCACCAGGAACCGUGCAACUUUAGAACCACCCGCAAAGAGGGGACUUGGGGUAACCAAACCCCGUGA